AUGCAGGCCGAGGGCGCCGCCGCCUCCGCGGUCCCCGCCGGCCUGUCACCCGGCUGCACCCGCGACGAUGGCGACGAGAGCUCCAGCCCGUCGCCGAACAGCAGCCUCUUGAACAACCUGAACAACAACUGCAACUCGAAUCGCCAAUCUGCCACCGACUUCAGCAUCGCGGCCAUCAUGGCGCGGGACUCUCGCCAACAGCAGCAGCAGCAGCAGCAGCAACAGCAGCAAGCUCAGACAUCGUUGCCCCCGCAGCAGCAGCAGCAGCAGCAGCAGCAACAGCAGAGUCAGAGUCAGAGUCAGAGUCAGAGUCAGAGUCAGCAAAGUCAGCAGCAGUUACAGCAGCCUCAUCAGCACAGACAAUUACAGCAACAGGCCGUCGGCGGCGGGAAGCUGCAUCAACAUG